AUGGAUGCCGUUCAGGUACUAUGGAGGCUUCGAUCAACGUUUGACGAGGUGCUUGUUCGUGAAAACUCCUUUGUCGUUCGAUUUCCAUUUCUCGAAAAGAUCGUCACUGUGGAUGUUGGGAGCCGAAUUUUAGAUGCAUGUGCCACCCUUAAUUUCGUGACGGUAGUAACUGACGGCCACAUCUUUAUUGCGCAUAAGGACGAACUUGAUGUCCCCAAAUGUUGUGUUUGCAAAACCGGUGCCGCACCAAGCUUGGAAUUCGAACCGGCAGAAUGGGUCUCAGUUACGUCGGAAUCUCGUCCAACGGCUAUCAGCGAUCGUUGGUGUACAAAGAAAAAACCGCCUUCUCAUGUUAUUCUAACGUCGACAGUCUCUACAGUAUACCUAGUGUAUACCUUGGAUGGUGUCAGUACUGUAGUGAGGCUAUUCAACGAGACCGCUUACCUGGAGAGUGGCAUCAUCAAAUCGAGUGUUGUUCAAGUUCCUGAAGACAUAAAAAUUGUCACGGCAGUAUCUGGUAAUGAUCAUAGUCUAUUCUUGACAGACAAAGGAGCUGUAUACGCGCUAGGGACUGGCAGCCGAGGUGAGCUAGGAAAUGGUCUGAUCCCACGUGUCUGUGAAUUGACAUGGGUGGAAGCGCUUGAAGGCUUGAAGGUAGUGAGUAUCGCGGCCGCUGGGUGGCACAGUGGUGUAUUGACAAAUGAUGGUGACGUGUAUUUGUGGGGAUGGAACCAUCGUGGACAACUGGGCGAUGAAAAGGAACAGGUUGAAUACUAUCCAUCACCACUAGAGAUUGACAUUCGAAUAGUCCGAAUAGAAAUGAGGGAACACUUGACCGCAUUGUGGACAGCUGAAGACGGUGAAGAGCCAUCGAUGGUGUUCGGUUCGAGUGAUAUUGGAAUGCCGGUGAUCCGAUUACGGUACUACGAUGAGAUUCCUGGCAGUAAUGUUGCUGAAGAUCGGAAUGUGGAAAUGUUAUUUGUUAAGAAAAACAAGGAGGACGAUUUUGAUUUUGAACAAAGAGGAGGGAUUAAUACCCAGUUAGAUCAUUCAGAGUUUCAGGGCUCAUUUGAGUAUCCGGUGAGGGAGCGUGAUUAA